AUGAAUGCAGUUCUAACACGUAUCCGCAGAUGCUCCACCCAGGACCGCACCGCGGGCUCGCAGGUCAAAGUCACCGACCGGCUGGCGACAACAGACGAGGAAAGGCGACCUCAUAUCGCAGCUGCAGAGGCUUUGUGUCGGAUGCGCCAGCCGCGCAUCCGAUAUGACAGCGAGACCGGGCUCCUAGCCAUUGCUUAUAGCGCGCUCUUCUCGCGAGCUCCUGAGUUUUCGAACUUCCUGGAUACGUGGAUUCCAGCCCAGCUGGCAGUGUUAGGUGACGCUUCCUUGGAGGUUUCCCUGCUUGCGGAUCCGAGCCGCCCUGUGAAGUUUCACUGUGAGAUCCGGAGCGAAUCUGAGCUUCGCCUGCUCUGCAAAUGCAUCAGUCUCACGGCGACUUCCUGCGAAUAUGAGAUUUCGAUAUGGGUGACGCUCGACGAUGUCACAUUGCUAUCAUGGUGUCUGGAGGAAAGUUGGAAAGCUGCUCUGGGCCGUACCGACUGGCGGUGCCACAUAAGUUUUCACUUUGAAAUACUCGAGCUUGUCUUGGGAGAUCGCAUUCCAAUCACCUCAACACUGUCGCCGCACGCCAUCCAAUGUGCAAAAGACAUAGUCGCCUGGUUGGACGUGAGCGGCGGCGAUCAUGCUACGGUGCUUACGGCAGCUGGCCUCGGCUUGGUCACCAGUGCUGCAGAACUGCGAACCCCCUCUAUCGAUACGUCAUUCUACGGCCGGCCUGGUAAUAGGCACAUACCGCGCGAUAGCGCCCCAGAGGGUUCCGAGACACCGAGCGUUGGGGACGACGGAGGUGACAAGUGGAUGGAGCUCGACGUAACAUCCGCUCCGUCGUCCACGGAGUGCGAUGGCGACUGUGUGCUAGAUGCUGAAUCUCCCUCCAUACACGAGCCGCGUCGGUUUGAGCCUUUGGUGGGUAAGAGAACCUCGCCACCCGACAUGAAUGAGAGCCGUCAAAGGUCGUGA